AUGCAGCGCUACACCGUCACGAUCGUCACGCCGGGCGGUCCAGCGGCUGGAAGGCCUGUUCUCCUCGUUCCUUUCUCGCCCAACGCUCUCGUCACUGCCUUCGUGGACGAAUUGUUCAAGCGCAUCGCGAGACAGGGGCUUGACCUUGCUCCCAACACUCAUAUCGCCACGCUGCACCUUGAUAGUGAGACCGGCGCGCUGAUUGAUGCCGAAGACCUGUUGUCAGAUGUCGUGCUGGACCCGAAGAAUGAGAGCCUCUACGCCGUCUUUUCGAAUAAGACAGCAGGCGUGAGCACUUCAGCAGCUCCCACAGCGGCUGCUCACGAUCAUGGAGAAGACGCGUCGCCAUCUCUGUCUUUCCGAGUGGUGACACCCGCCACCGCCAAGGACAGGAAUACGUGUCCGGUUCUCCGUAUGCCUGCAUCUGCCACAGUCCGCCAGCUCCAUGAGCGAGUGGCGGAGAAGCUUGAGCUACCUUCGAGAUCUGACGAUGAUGCCGAUACGCACGAAUGCAACUGUAGCCUGGCUAACAGGCUCGCCGAUGUUCCAGCUCAGGAGAGCUCAUUCCUGGUCGUGAGCGGAAAAAGCGUUGUCGAGCGUCUCCCAGUCGGACACACUACAGAGACGGCUGUAAGAGCUGCCCUUCGCCAGCGCUUCGGCGUCGACUUCGAGAACGAGAAGAGAGCAGCCCUUGUCGGCGCGGACAUGCACCCCAGCCUACCAUCCAUCUACAAGAAGAACCCUAUAGCUGCCAUCUGCUCGAAGAAGCGUCACACUCCACUACACGCUCGAGUGGACGCAGGCGAUGCAGACCAGAAGAGGACCCCCGUUUUGGACCUUCACACAUACGAGCAUCCGAUACAUCCUGCUUGUAUGGACGUCACCUUGGGCGAAGCAGGUCUCACUGGACUGGCUGUAGAUGGUGUCAUCGACAUCUUCCCAGUCAACCGCCGCACCACUGGCAACAAUGCUGCAAGCAUUGGCAAGUCGAGCAUCUACCGUGCUCGCGCCCACUGGGAGCCUCCGGUCACUCAGUCAGAUCGUGGCAUGGCAAUGUUUCUCUCUUCCUUGAGAGUCUUCGCGUCUCUUAUACAAGACAUGGCAGCCGACGAGAGGUCUCAAGACGCGGCGUUGCACGCUUUCGACCUCCUCACACAGUUCCCGCCAGCGCUCCGUACACUAUACAUUCUGGUACAAGGGAAGACUCCCACUGCCGUCGAGAGCGCCGCGCUGGCCCAGUCAAUGUACACAGUGCUCGACAGCUUCAUGAGCAACUUCACAGACAUCGUUGGCACCGACCAUACGCGAGUGUUCGAAGGCGCUAGGCUGUUCUUCGGCUUUGUGUUGGAGAAAGGCCGCACACUAAAGCUGUCUGCUGGGGACAGCACCCUGCCUUACCUCGAGAGCUUCAAAGCUGUGGCGAUGCGCGACCAUCGGACCAACGAGGCCGUCAUGCGCGCUGUACAGACUACCAGAGGCCUUGUGGAAUCCAGUCUCUACGACUCAUUCCAAGAAGGCUGCCUCCUCGCCGACAGCCCGCUGCAGACAUGGAUGGUCAAGGAUCCGCUGGACGAAGCUGUCUCUCGCGCGGCUGUGCUGUCUGGAGGGACUGUGGCAGAGCUCACGACCUUCUCGAAGAAGCAGCUCACUGAGAAGUAUCGGUAUCCGGACAAUGGUGACAUCGAGGCCGCUAUCGACGUCGGAGAGUUCGCAGAGCUCAGCCACCUCGCUGAGCUCUGUGGACGCAACAAACUCACUGUAUCGAGGCCAAGCCAGCUGGCGUCGGCGGUGGCUCCCUGUCUCACGUUCGACAGGAAGGCUCACCUCUCCGUGUACACCGGCGAGCAGGGUUGUAGCGAACCAGGCUACUCUUCCAUACUGUUCCGGCCGAAGCAUGGCGAUGAGACGAUUGACGCUGCGGUCGUUGAACAGCUCAUUGCGCCCAUUCUUGCUACAUAUGAGUCCAAUGGUACCGCGGUCUUUGAUGCUCUCGGCGGAGCGACCGUCAGGCGAUUACAAUCCCCUGACGAGUUACUUAUGUUCUGCGUUGAUUGCUCCGCCAGCAUGCGUGACAAGACCGACUUUGCUGAAGUCAACGACGCACACGAUCACCACGAGCCUACAGAUCCAGAUGCUUCCACCCUCGUUGAUGUAGAGAUGUUCAGCCGAGCGAGUCUCGACGAUGCAAAGGAUUACUUGAGUGAGUAUGAAGGCACUGGCGACAUGAUUGCAAUCGUGAGAAACUGGAUGAACAUCAACCCGCGCCAUGCAGCUAGCCAAGCACUACGCAUUCUGCAGACCAUGCUCUCAGCAUCCAUCAUCAAGAAGUCGGAGGACUUGGCCAACCGUCAGCAGCAUGGUAGAGGAUUCUACCAUCUGCGGCAACAGCUGGCAACACAAGAGUCUGAUUUAGCCAAGCUGAAGAGAUCUUGGGCCAGCUUCAAGACGCAUGAGGAGGCUGUGCUCGACUUCCUCAUCUACCGAGCUUCGUCUGAGGCCCACGAUCUUGAUUUGUCCUGGACUUGGUCUGUCGGAGACGAGGUUCCAGCGGCCAACCGAGCCAUGCAACACAUACCGAAUCUUGCAGAAGACAUCGUGGACCUGCCGCACCAUCUGAAGUGUCCCAUUUCGCACACCCUCAUGCUUGAUGCGGUCACGGCUACAGACGGCCACACCUACAGCCUUUCUGCUAUUCAGCAGUGGUUCGACAUCCGAAACUCAUCCCCGAUGACGGGCUUACCGCUGGACGAUAUAGCUCUCACUUCGAAUCAGGCUGUCUGCGAUGCGGCGCGUAAAUGGAUGGAGGGCGAAGGGGUUGAUGGGAUUGAGCCAGCCGACGCACGGCCAGCGAAGCGUCUCCGGUCUGAGGAACUGGAGAUCACUUUCAACUCUCGAUUUGGCUCGUUCAAGCGUAUAGUAUCCGGGACCAUGACUUUAAAGGAUCUGUACAAGUUGGCCUUCCGCGGCACGCAGGGGAAGCACCUUGUCUUCCAGCUUUCGACCGACCGGUAUGGACCACUUACCGCAAGUUCAGAAGCGACGGUGUCGUCUCGCGACAUCCGCAACCAAGACCAUGUCAACAUCCGCAUAGCCAACGACGAGCCCUCGAGCGUGGCCGCGAGUUCCACUGUCACUGACAACCACAACCACGAUCACGUUCUGAUCAAGGUUUACUGGACGAAUAACACGAUGCUGUUCGCCUACUGGGCCAAGAAGGAUACCACAAAUUCUCUCGCCUCGAUUGUAUGGAAGUACUGGCGCUACAGACUGCUUGUUAGCCCACACUGGGCUGUAAGUGCGAUGCAGGUCUGGACAGACCUAGAGGAUUCAGGUGACAGUAGGCUCAGAGGCACUCCGAACAACACUGACGGGUCUCUUCGGAUGUGCUUCACCCAUCAUCACAGCUACGGUCAUCUCGGCGACGAGAAGUUGCAUGAGCGGAACGGCAACGCUGGUGCGACUGGCCCAAUGGUACUGAAAGUCAAGAUGAAUACGCCGCACAAGCCAAAAAGGGAGCAGGGCCAACUCAGCAGACUGGACGUGCUCAAGCAGAUGUUCGAAGCUCUCAUCAACCGGACCCUUGCAUACAACUACAAGACGCACAUCGGACUGAUCACCUUCAACACAACGCCAGAGAUUAAAGUGCCCAUUACCCACGUACUGGAGAAUUUCAGACGCUCUGUCACCAGCAUGAGCGCUCGCGGUGAUACCUCGCUCUUUGAUGCACUGGCACUGGCGAAGGAUCAGUUGAUUGAGAAGGCCAAGAACUACCCUGAUGCGAAGAAGCGCAUCAUCGUGAUUAGUGAUGGUCAUGAUACCAAGUCACUCACCAACAACGCUGCAGAUCUUAGUUGGGGCCUUCGUGAGACCGGUGUGGUCGUGGACAGUGUGUUGCUCGGAAACGAGGAUAACGAGGAUCUUCUUGCCAUGUCAUACGCGCUGGGUUCUUACCGCUUCCAUCCAGAGACGCUGGCAAACGCAUUGGCAAUUUGCGAACUCGAGCCGUUCCUCUCGCUGAGCGAGCGGCCAGAGAUCGCGUUGCCUUCCAUGCCACGCAACCGCGCCAACUUCUUGACGCCGUUCUGGCAUUCGAAACGCUACGCCAACUUCACCACUGUGAACGAGCAGAUCUUUCCGGAGCGCAAGGCCCACCCUAAUCUCGCCGACAACUUCGUGCAGCUCAGCGCCGCCACUGCUCGUCCCGCCGGCAGCAACACCGCCGCAGGCUCACGCUCCAACCUCCGCACCACCCGCCUGAUGACAGAGAUGCGCGCCAUCGCCAACAGCCCGCACCCGAAAUACGACGUCUACGUCAGCGAAACCGACAUGAGUUUCUGGAAGGUGGUCAUGGACGGCCCAGACGACUCGCCCUACGCCGCCGGCACAUUUGUCCUCUACCUCCACGCCGACGAAUCCUACCCAACCUUCGCACCCAAAGGCCGUUUCGUCACCCGCAUGAAACACCCGAACGUCAACGCCCACGGCCGCAUCUGCCACAGCAUCUUCGACCGCGACUGGACUUCCGACAUCAGCAUGGCGACGCUGCUGGAUUCGGUGUACGGGCUGCUGUUGCAGCCGGAGCACAGUGAUCCGGUGAACACGACGACGACGCUGGGCUUCCACCACGAUCAGGUGGAGUUUGCGGACGAGGUUAGGGAGCAUGUGGCGAGGUACGCGGGGCAUUCGAGGACCUGGUGGAGAGCGGACAUUUUGGGGGAGGAGUAUCCGAGUGAUGAGGAGAUGGAUGGGGAGUUUGAGGAUUAUUUUGAGGAGGAUGAUGAGGAUGAGCUCGAGGAUGAUGAGGAAGACUCUGAGCUUGAUGGGGAUGGCGAUGAGGACAUGUCGGACUGA